GCCUAUUUCCACCCUCUCCGUCCUUCUCCUUCCUCUCUCCUCUCUCCUUCGCAGUUCACGUCGUCGUCGUCUUCUUCUCCAUCUUCUUCGCCUACCUUCGCUGCGUAGCCUGGUCUUGUUGUACCAGCAAGUGCAAUGGCGGUGGCUUCCUCGCGCGGGAGGAUGGAUCCCUUACGGCAGUGGAGGGACAAGGACACGAGCCCCGAGAGGACUAAGGUCUGGAAGGAGCCCAAGCCCAAGAAGGUUUCCGUCGUCUAUUACCUGUCCCGCGGUGGCCAGUUGGAGCACCCCCAUUUCAUGGAGGUCGCUCUCUCCUCCACCGACGGCCUCUACCUACGAGAUGUAAUCGACCGCCUCAACCUCCUUAGAGGCAAGGGGAUGGCUAAUUUGUAUUCCUGGUCUUCCAAAAGGAGCUACAAGAAUGGAUUCGUGUGGCACGACCUCACGGAGGACGAUCUGAUACACCCAACGCGUGGCCAUGAGUACGUUCUCAAGGGUUCCGAGCUUCUUCAACCCCUCUCCUCUCCCAGCUUCCAGGAAGGCAAUGCGGCAUUUAGCGCCUCCGAGAAGCCGCUGCAGAUCCCCAAAUCCGUGCACGACGAUUUCGAGAGCUUGCAGAUUAGAAGGAAGAGGGCGCCCUGGAGCUCCUUCGACCUCAACGAAUACAAGGUCUACAAGACCGACCUGACGGCCGAGACCGGCGCCAAGGCGGCUGACGCGUCGACGCAGACAGACGACGGGAGGAGCAGGCGGCAAUCGGUCGCAGCGGUCCGGAGGGAGGAAGAAGAAGGCCCACUGACCACGGAGCUGGAGCGGGAGGAUAUCUCUCCUCCGCUGUCGUCGUCAAGUUCGGAGACGCUGGAGAAGCUUAUCAAGGCGGACGCCCGCGCCAUCACUGCCGUCGCCGCCGGGUCAGAGGACCAGGAGCGGACUGUGGGGACGUACGCGAGCGGGAGGAUACGGGCGUCGGCCAUGCUGAUGCACCUUCUGUCGUGCGGCUCCAUCAACAUGAAGGACCACCACGGGGGCUCGGUGUCGCCGCAGACGCCGGCCCUGUGCAAACCAGGGGCGGUGGCACGUGCUGUGCCGGAUUUGGGUGGUAGGAAGGAAACGUAUGGGUUGUUGGAGCACAAUGGCUCGGCGGCCAUCAGGAUGGAGGACAAGGAAUACUUCAGCGGGAGCUUGAUCGAGACCAAGAAGACGGGCAAUGGCCGUGACGACUUCUCGGGCCUGAAAAGGUCCUCUUCUUACAAUGCCGACAGGGGCUCGAAACUGGAGCUUGCAGAGAAGGAAAUCGAGGGCGUCCGUGCCAAAUGCAUCCCCAGGAAGCACAAAACCAUGUUGGAAAGGGAGGGAGCCAAAGCCACCAAUCUCGCACAGCUCUCUCGAAAGCAAAUUGAAUAACAACCAGCUCGAGAAAGAAUAAUUGCCCAAGCUAACGUGAGAAGAACAAAGUUGCUAAAAGAAAUUUUAGGAUAAAACUGCAUCAGCCCAAAAAGACUCGAAAAGAAAUAUACUAAGUAGUUGUUCUGCAACCGAGGAGCAUUGGUCUCAUGUGGGUGGUGAAGCCUUUCUUUUGCCUUGAUGAUUAAGGCACGCAGUUAAGCGUCCGAGGGAGGAAUUCCAGGAAAGCUAAUGUUAUUUGCUUCCCCAAAACCUCUCUUUGUGUGCAUAAAGAAACGGCACUGAAUCUCCUUAUUAUUAUCAUUGUUAUUGUUAUGCUUACUAUUACUACUGAAAGGCUUAAAGUGUAUUAAAUUUGAGACUCGCCUUCUCAAGGUCUGUGCCUGAUGGGGGAUUUUAAGAGUUUUCUCAAUAGACCAAGGGUUUUAGACUGAUUGAGAAGCAGGUUGUUCCCAGGUGGCAAAUUCGCAUGAGAAGUUCACAGCGUCAUCAUGCAUGCAGAAUGCAACAGUUAAGGUGACUUGGACAAAAGAGAGCUUUGCAUUAGCUUAAACAGUGUUUAUUAAUUGAAAUGCUCCAACGCCACCCUUGAUUUCACCACUAUUUUAUUAAUCCAUGUGCGUUUGUUUGAGAGCCAUAGUUA